AGACAACGCAGCGAUGGCAAGAACCAAGCAGACCGCUCGCAAGUCCACCGGUGGCAAAGCCCCGAGGAAGCAGCUCGCCACCAAAGCCGCCCGUAAGAGCGCUCCCGCCACCGGCGGCGUGAAGAAGCCCCAUCGUUACAGGCCCGGCACCGUGGCUCUGAGAGAGAUCCGCCGCUACCAGAAGUCCACCGAGCUGCUCAUCCGCAAACUGCCUUUCCAGCGCCUGGUGAGAGAGAUCGCUCAGGACUUCAAGACCGACCUGCGCUUCCAGAGCUCCGCCGUAAUGGCCCUGCAGGAGUCCAGCGAGGCUUAUCUGGUCGGUCUGUUCGAGGACACGAACCUGUGCGCCAUCCACGCCAAGAGGGUCACCAUCAUGCCCAAGGACAUUCAGCUGGCGCGCCGCAUCCGCGGAGAGCGCGCAUAA